AAGGGGUGCGGCAGGGACUCAGGGGUCCAUCUCCUGCAGCCACAGCGAGUAGGAGUCUGGACUCUAAAGUAGUCAGGUCGCCCUCUGCCUUUGGGCCUCACCUUUCCUGUCUGUGAAAUGGACUUUGGGCGACUACUCCAAAUGUUAGUCUCCGUCUACGUCCUUCCCCUCUGGGACUACAAGUCCCAAGGUGCACGAGGCGACCCUGUCUCCCCCUUCCCUCCGGGACCCACCUCCCUCCUGUCGGAGUCACGUCGUCUAACCUGUUCCCGGCGCCUGCCCCGCCCCGUCCUCUGCUCCCCGCAGCCGGAGCUGGAGCCGGAGGAAGCCCCCCCGGUACCAAGACCUGCCCCGGAUCCGCGCCCCGCUCCGGCCGGCACCAUGGACAGCGAGGCUUUCCAGAGCUCGCGGGACCUUCUGGAUCUGAAUUUUCAGUCUCUGGCCAUGAAGCACAUGGACCUGAAGCAGAUGGAGCUGGACACGGCGGCGGCUAAGGUGGACGAACUGACCAAGCAGCUGGAAUCGCUGUGGUCAGACUCACCAACGCCUCCUGGCUCGCAGGCCGGAGCCCCCGCUCGGCUGUCCCGGUACAGUUCCAGCCCGGUCCCCGAGCCCUUAGGCAACCGCGGGUCCCCCCGGAAGGCGACCACCGACAGCGCAGACACCCCGUUCGGACGCUCCGAGAGCGCCCCAGCUCUGCUCCCCUACAGCUCGCUGUCCGCUAAGGGCCGGCCGUCGUCCCCGCGCACCCCGCUCUACCUGCAGCCGGACACCUACGGCAGCCUGGACCGCGCGCCCUCGCCCCGCACCCCCUUCGCCCCGCCUCUGCGCGCGCAAGAUGACCUUACGCUGCGCCGGCGGCCCCCCAAAGCCUGGAACGAGUCUGACCUGGACGUGGCGUACGAGAAGAAGUCCUCACAGACAGCAAGCUAUGAACGCCUGGACGUCUUUGCGCGACCCUCUUCACCGGGCCUGCAGCUGUUACCCUGGAGAGAGAGCAGCCUGGAUGGUGGACUGGGGGCCACCGGCAAGGACAACCUCACCAGCGCUACUUUGCCCCGCAAUUACAAGGUCUCUCCUCUGGCCAACGACAGGCGUUCCGAUGUAGGCAGCUAUCGCCGAUCUCUGGGCUCCGCGGCACCAUCAGGGACUUUGCCUCGAAACUGGCAACCUGUCAGCCGCAUCCCUAUGCCUCCUUCCAGCCCCCAGCCCCGCAGUGCCCCCCGCCAGCGCCCCAUCCCCCUCAGCAUGAUAUUCAAACUGCAGAAUGCCUUCUGGGAGCACGGGGCCAGCAGGGCCAUGCUCCCUGGCUCCCCCAUCUUCUCCCGAGCUCCCCCGCCUAAGCUGCCUCCCCAGCCCCAGGCUCCUCCACAGGCCCAGCCCCAACCACAGCCGCAGCCGCCCCCACAGCCCCAGCCACAACUACAACCCCAGCCUCAACCCCAGCCUCAAGCCCCUGCCCCAGUCCCCCAACCCCCUCAACAGACUUGGCCCCCUAUGAGUGAAGGCCUCCCCAAACCUCCCCCUGAGUUAGAGCCUGAACCAGAACUGGAGGGGCUGCUGACACCAGUGCUGGAGGCUGGUGAUUCAGACGAAGGGGCUGUCACUCGGCCCCUUAGUCCCACACGGCUGCAGCCAGCACUGCCACCCGAGGCACAGUCAGUGCCUGAGCUGGAGGAGGUGGCACGGGUGCUGGCUGAGAUUCCACGGCCCCUCAAACGCAGGGGCUCCAUGGAGCAGAGCCCUGCUGUAGCCCUGCCCCCCACCCACAAAAAGCAGUACCAGCAGAUCAUCAGCCGCCUCUUCCAUCGUCAUGGGGGGCCUGGGGGGCCUGAGCCGGAGCUGUCUCCCAUCACUGAGGGAUCUGAGGCCAGGGCAGGGCCCCCUGCUCCUGCCCCUCCAGCUCCCAUACCUCCCCCAGCCCCGCUCCAGAGCAGCCCACCAGAGCAGCCACAGAGCAUGGAGAUGCGUUCGGUGCUGCGGAAGGCCGGCUCCCCGCGCAAGGUCCGCCGCGCGCGCCUCAACCCACUUGUGCUGCUGCUGGACGCCGCGCUGACCGGGGAGCUGGACGUGGUGCAGCAGGCGGUGAAGGAGAUGAACGACCCGAGCCAGCCCAACGAGGAGGGCAUCACUGCCCUGCACAACGCCAUCUGCGGCGCCAACUACCCCAUCGUGGACUUCCUCAUCGCGGCGGGUGCCAACGUCAACUCGCCCGAUAGCCACGGCUGGACACCGUUGCACUGCGCGGCGUCGUGCAACGACACGGCCAUCUGCACGGCGCUGGUGCAGCACGGCGCGGCAAUCUUCGCCACCACGCUCAGUGACGGCGCCACCGCCAUCGAGAAGUGUGACCCUUACCGCGAGGGUUACGCAGACUGCGCCACUUACCUGGCAGACGUGGAGCAGAGCAUGGGGCUGAUGCACAACGGGGUGGUGUACGCCCUGUGGGACUACAGCGCCGAGUUCGGGGACGAGCUGUCCUUCCGCGAGGGCGAGUCGGUCACCGUGCUUCGGAGGGACGGACUGGAGGAGACCGACUGGUGGUGGGCCACGCUGCACGGCCAGGAGGGCUACGUGCCCCGUAACUACUUCGGGCUCUUCCCCAGGGUGAAGCCUCAGAGGAAUAAGGUCUAGCUGGAGAAAAAGACGUUUCCAAGGGAGACAGGAAGAAGCAGCACUGCCUUCUCCAGACCUCCCCCUCCGUUACUGCUGCAUCUCUCUGCGCCCCAAGCCCUUGCAGGGAUGGGAUCCUUGCCAAUAGCUCUCUGCUUCCCUGGAAGCCCUGGGGAGAAGGAGAACCCCAGCCUUAAGUUUAGAAAUCUGCCUUAGCUAAUGGAGGUCAUGGUGGGGCUGAGAAUCACUGGGGGCAAGAGAGACCCCCACAUUUGCCAAAUCAGAUCCCGUCCAAAGUGCCUCCUACUCCUACUGCCGAGUCCCUUACCCCCAAACCAAGCCAACCAGCCAUCCUAGUGGAGUCUGGGAUGGGUCACCUCUACUGGAUUUCCCCAGGAGUCACCUCCGCUCCCAUCUUUACCAGUAGCCUUUAGGGACCGGGUCAGGCACAUUUGUCUCUACCAGCAUCCCUGCCCCACUUCUCCCCAAUCAAGUGCCUCCACACAACGCUGGUUUUAUAACAAAACAGGGAAGUUUUUCUUUAUAAAUAAAGAUAGUUUGCACAGAAA